AUGCCUGACCUGAAAGUCCUCGUAGUGGGCGCGUCCGUCGCAGGACCAACAACAGCCUACUGGCUGGCCAAAGCCGGCGCCAAAGUCACCAUCAUCGAACGGUUCCCAAGCCUGCGCACCGGCGGGCAGAACGUCGACAUCCGCAACGCCGGCGUCUCGGUGAUGCGGAAGAUGCCCGGGAUGGAAGACGCAGUGAGGGCCAAGACGACCGGGAUGGAGGGCAUCAGCUUCGUGAGGGACGACGGCCGGCCGUUCGCGACCAUCACGGCCACCGGCGACCCCAACCAGCAGUCGCUCGUGUCAGAGUACGAGAUCUUCCGCGGCGACCUGGCGCAGAUCCUGUUCGACAUGACCAAGGACAACGAGAGGAUCAACUACGUCUUUGGCGAGCAGGUCGCGUCCAUGCAGCAGGUCGACGACGGCGGGCCGGUGACGGUCGAGUUCGCGAACGGCCACCCGACAGCGCAGUACGACCUCGUCGUCGCCUGCGACGGCUCCACCUCGCGGACUCGAGCUAUGGGUUUCGGCUGCGGCGUCCGGGACCACAUCAGGUCGGUGGACUGCUGGGCGGCGUACUUCUCCGUGGAGAAAGACCUGCUUAAUGGCAGCAAGACUGGGCAGGCGUGGACAACCACGGGUGGUCGUUUCUUUGGACUCGGGCCCGAUCCCUCAGGGGUGACUCGGGUUAUCACACACUUGAUCCAUCCACGCGGAAGUAAGGAUGCGACGUUGCCGUUCAGGGAGGCAUCGAAGAAAGGGACCGAUGCGCUGAAGACGUACAUUGCCGGGGAGUUUUCCGGGGCCGGCUGGAAGACGGAGGACAUCCUCGAGGGCAUGAUGGAAUCGGACGACUUCUACGCGUCGGAGAUAGUACAGGUCAAGGUGCCCAGCCUCUACAAGGGGCGAUUCGUCCUGGUCGGUGAUGCGGGCUACGCGCCUGGUCCAACCGGAACUGGCACGAGCCUCGCUAUGGCCGGUGCUUAUGUGCUGGCUGGCGAGGUCAGCAUGUGCAAAGGCGACAUCGAGGCUGGACUCCGGGGCUACGAGGAGCGCAUGAGGCCUAUAAUUGACGACCUACAAAAGAUCCCACCCGGUAUCCCAUGGAUAUUUGCUCCGCAGACUGCCUGGGGUAUCUGGCUUCGAAACGCAGCCCUCACUGUCAUUUGCUGGGGCAUGGCUUUCAGCGGAUUCUUUUCUUGGGCGAGUGCGCUUUUCUCCAGUUCAUUUGGGGGCGACAAAUUCGGGCUACCUGAUUAUGAAUGGGCGGGUACAGGCAAGGAAGAGGAGUCAUGA